AUGGCCGAUAGUAUUCAGGACCCCAACGCCCCUCAGGGUGUCGCCGAGGGCAAGGGCAAGGGUGUUGCCCAGGACCAGCCCCAAGAUGUUCACGCCGAUGACCGCAUGGACGACGAUGACGAUGAUGACGACGAGGACUCUGGCGAAGAGGACAACCUGGAAGAGGCUGAGCCUGAGGACCGGUCUCACCUGGACACCAGCAACAUCAUCUCUGGCGAGCGCCCCAAGGAGGAGACCGACUGGGUCCAGAAGAACCAGGAGCUCGGCGACGACGCUGAUGAAGAAGAGGACGACGACGACUACCAGCCCCCUGACACGGAGAUGUCCGGCUAA